AUGCGCGCCCCGACGGCCGGUCCCGCGCGGCCCGGGCUGCGCGCCCGCCGCCACCUCCGGGGGCCGCCGCGCUCCCCGCCUGGCCGCCCGGCCGGGCCGCGAGCAUCACGUGGCCGGGCUCCCCGCGGGGCGCCGGCCCCCGCCCCUCGCCCCACCCCCCGGCCGGCUCCCGAGCCUCCGCCAAGGCCCGCCUCCCCGCCGGGGCCCGCGGCCCGCCCCGCCGCGAGCGCGCAGGUGACAGCCGGGGACCGGGCGUCUGGAGAGAAAAGCGCGCUGCCAAGCGGCCUCCGCGGGGUCGGGGAGUGGGGAUCGGCCUCCCCGACCCGCCGGGGGGGUCUGGACCCCCGUACCCGCCGGGAGCGGCGCCCCUCUUCACCCCCGGGUGCCAGGGCCUCCGGGGGUCGCCGCCCACCCGCUCACGGUCCCGCUUCGCUGCCCAAGGCUCCUGCCCCGAACUCACCCGCUGCGGACCCAGCGGUGGCCGCCGCCUCUGGGACAUGGACCCUCUCCAGCCUCACGCAGCCCGGCGGGGCCACCUCACCAACCCCGUUUACUGAUGGGCAAACUGAGGCUCCACACACGUCGAGUGGCAGCCGGGACUUGAACCCCAGGUCCGACUGCAAAUCCUCCCGCGUUCCCUGCCGUGCCGCCGCCUCGGCCCCCGCCGUGGAACGCUUCCCACGUGUGCAGCGCGCCCUGGCCGACUUCCCCGGUCCUGCGGGCCAGCGAGCUGCGGCACGCACCCCAGGGUGUGCCCUCGUCCCCAACGGGGAACCGGAGUGCAGGUGCAACCCCGGUGCGGUCCCUCAGGCGGCCCCUCUCUUAACGGGCUCCUCCUUUUCUGUUCUCCUCCUUCCAAGCCCUGUUUCCUGGGCUCCCUCCUCUCCGAAAGCCCAUCCCACAAGCUGCGGCGGCGGGGCCUUCCACCUGGACAGGGGACUCCCUUCCUCCUCGGUGUGUCUGCAGCGCCUCCUGCAGGCGAUCGGGGGCUGGUGCAGGCCUGUCGCGGGGCCAGCCAACAGCGAUGGCUGUGUGUCCCGCAAGAAGCUGAAAGGCUCCAUGGACUAG